AAAAUUACCUUCAAGAAGCCAAUUGGAAGUGUAAGUGUCUCUGGCCACAAAUUUUUGGGAUGUCCAAUGCCUUGUGGCAUACAAAUAGCAAGAAAAAAGCACGUUGACAUACUCUCAAGAAAUAUUGAGUAUAUUGCUUCAAUAGAUGCCACAAUUUCUGGUAGUCGAGGUGGUCAUGCACCAAUUUUCUUAUGGUAUAGUUUGAGCAAAAAAUGUCACACUACACUUCAAGACGAUGCUAAAAGGUGCAUACAAAAUGCUCGUUAUUUAAAAGAUAGCCUUCGAAAUUCAGGAAUAAGCGCGAUGCUGAAUGAACAUAGCAUCACGGUUGUUUUUGAGAGACCAUUGGAACAAGAGUUUAUUCAUAAAUGGCAACUUUCAUGUGAAAGAGACAUGACACAUGUGGUUGUUAUGCCUGGUGUUACUACUCAAAUGCUUGACAAUUUUGUAAGUGAAUUUGCUAAGAAAAGGUUGAUUUGGUACCAAGAUGGAAAUAAGGUUCAACCACCUUGUCUUGCAAAUGACAUAGGCAUGCAUAAUUGUGUUUGUCCUCAUCACAAAAAUUGA